AUGAUAUCACAAUGGUUCGUGGAGGAUCUGGUUCUCGACUGGUCUGAGGGCAAAGUAGAACAUGUUAUCCAGGCUAUUGGCACUUCAAGCGCCGAAAAGGGCCAAGAAUUUGCGAGAAAAUACUGCCCGAAGCAGAGCCCACGGGUUUAUAGCUCUUAUAAAGAAGUCUAUCGCGAUUCAGAGGUUGAUAUUGUAUAUAUCGGUACUCCCCACGGGUUUCAUUAUCGCGAUUGCGUGGAGGCGAUCUCUGCAGGGAAGAAUGUCCUGUGCGAGAAAUCCUUCACCCUGAAUGCCAAACAAGCGAAGGAGAUAUUCAACGCCGCCCGCGAAAAGAAUGUAUACGUCGCAGAAGCAAUGUGGCUCCGACAUCGGCCGCUUUUCACCGAACUCCAGCGAUUGCUUCACGAAGAAAAGAUCAUUGGCGAUGUUUUCCGGGUGUUCUCGGAUUUUGCAUCUGGUGUUGAUGUUGCCUCACUUCCAUCGACAUCCAGAUACCGCGACCUUGACUUGGGAGCGGGGUCAUUGCUGGAUAUUGGAGUGUAUUCGCUUACUUGGGCGAGAAUGGCGCUGGGAGGGAGUGCGCCUGAGCAGGCAGAGAUGCCGCGCAUUAUGGCCGCACAAACCCACGAAGAAGGAGUUGAAGUGACCACCAGUGCACUUUUGCAGUAUCCCUCGACUGGAAAGCAGGGUAUCGUUACUUCAACAACCAAAGCUCUCGGUGCUCCUGGUGAAGUCUUUGCUGUUGUACACGGGACCGAUGGGUAUGUCGAGAUCGAAGGUAGGACGCCAUCCGCACCGGAAUCCUUUACUGUGUGGAAGAAGCAGGAAGGGAAUCCCGAUCGUGCGUUUUUCCCGAGGGAGAUGUGUCAAGGGAAGAAAUAUGAGUUUCCGACCCUGGGGCGUGGCUUUGUCCAUGAGGCUGAACGAACAGCACUCGAUAUCCUCGAAGGCCGGAAAGAGAGCAGGAUUAUGCCGUGGGCCGAAAUACUGUAUAUGAUGGAGAUCAUGGACGAGAUCCGACGACAGGGUAACACAGUCUAUCCUGGAGAGUGA